AGAUUCUCCCCUGACAGCCUGGGCUUGCAGGCGAGCUCGGCGCUGGCCUGGUUGAUCGUGGAGGUGCUGGCCGUCCUUCUCAGCCUCUACCUCGUCACCGUCAACACCGACCUCACCACCAUCGACCUCAUCGCCUUCGCCGGCUACAAAUAUGUGGGGAUGAUCAUUGGCCUCGUCUUCGGGCUCCUCUUCGGCCGAACAGGUUACUACGUGGUGCUGAGCUGGUGCUGCCUCAGCAUCUUCAUCUUCAUGAUCAGGACGCUGCGGCUGAAGCUGCUGUCGGAGGCAGCGGCCGAGGGGGUGUUGGUGCGAGGGGCCAAAAACCAGCUGCGGAUGUACCUGACCAUGGCCAUCGCUGCCGCCCAGCCCCUCUUCAUGUACUGGCUCACCUACCACCUCCUCAGGUGAGGGGGGCCCCCCCCGAACCCCG